AUGAACUUGUCCCAGUGUCUAGAGCCCGUCCUGCGGCUGCUCAGCUCCUGCCAACUGCACGAGCUGUGUAUGAAGGACUGCCGACUGUUGGAGAAAUGGACCAAUAAAGAGGAGAGUUUACAAAGGCUGACCUCUGCUCUGGCGGCCCACCCCACUCUGCACACGCUGAGCCUGGCCCACAACCGCAUCGCGCGGCUCGUCCCAGUGUUGGCUCAGCUCUUUUCAGGACCCCCCCUCUGUGCCCUGCGGCGUCUGGACCUCAGUUCUAACUUCAUCCAGCCAGGGGAGCUGCUGGAGCUGUCGGAGCGGCUCAAGGCUCUCAGGCCAGCUCACAGAAUCACUCUGGAUUUGCGGAGGAACCCAGGAGACCGUGACCCCCGUACGUGGAACUCAGCUGUCAGAGGCCUGGCCGGCUGCUGCCACCUGCUGCUGGAGGGAUGGACGUCCACGGACACUCUGGUGGACCACGUCAGCAUCAUGUGA